CAGACAUUUUGGUUUCAAGUUAAAGAGCAUUGCAAUGGCAAAGGCAAGGGGAAGAAGAGAGGCCAAAAAGCAGGAGAAACAGGAGGGACAAGAGAAGAAGCUCGAAAAAGAAUUCAAAUCUGCCUUAGAAUCUCCCGAAGAUGAUCUCAAAAAUCACCAUCAAGAAGAGAUUUCUGAUGUCCAUUUGGUGCCUCAGCUAGUGAAAGAAGCACUUCCUACAACAUUUUUUGGCUUGCUAGAUAAACCAGAAAAACAGUUUUUUUUGGAGGCUGAAUCAACGUUGAACAUCAAUGUGUUUGACAACGAUGAAGAAAAACAAAAGUAUAUUAAUUCCAUUUUCAAUGAAGUUAAAGGAAAAGAAUUAAAACUAGUAACUGAUCAAAUAUGCUCCAAGUUGAUGGAAAGAUUAAUACUAGAAGCCAACGACAGCCAAUUGAAAAAUAUUUUCCAAUCAUUUGAGGGUUUUUUCGUUAAAAUAGCUCACCAUAAGUACUCAUCUCAUUGCUUAGAGACACUAUUAGUUAGAUGCGCUGCGUUAAUAGAAAAAGAGCUUUUAAAUCCAAAUAUACUUUUACAAGAGUCAAUUGAUUCAAACGAGGAAUACUCGCCUAUGGAUUCAAUGUUCAUAUUCAUGAUAAACGAGUACAUUCCUUAUUUGCAAGAAAUGUUGGAAAAUCAAUAUGCAUCACAUACCUUGAGAUUAAUUUUAUUGAUUUUGGCGAGCAAAGAAUUGCCAUCAACGACUGUUUCAAAUUCAACAUUACGAUCAAAGAAAUCAAAGGUUGCAAGAAAAAUGAUCGAAAUAAAAGACAAUGAGGAUUUUUCUAAGAAUUAUCAAGUUCCUUCUACUUUCAAAUUUGAAUUGAAAAAAACAAUUUUAAACUUGACGCAAGGUCUAUCUAUAACAAAAUUAAGACAGCUAUCUAUAGAUAAAGUCUCCUCACCUGUAAUACAGAUCAUUAUAAAAGUGGAGUCGAUUUAUGACAAAAAUAAAACAAUUUAUAAUACAAUUUUUAAUGCCGAUGAAAAAGAAUCCGCUUACAUGGAAUACUGCUUAACUGAUCCAGUGGGUUCUCAUUUCUUGCAAUUUGUAAUCAUGAAUACCAAAUCAAAAUUAUCUGAAAGAUUGUUUGAAACUUACAUGAAAGAUAGGCUAAUGAAAUUAGUUAAUAGAAAUACCACUGCUGUCUAUGUUAUUCAGAGUUUAUUGCAGAAAUUGAAAACCACUUAUGUAAAGCAAAUCUUAGACAUACUUAUGCCCAACUUUAAUCAAAUAACAGAUUUAAACUUGGAACUAAGUCAAGAUAUAUUGGAUAAAGUAAUGGAGAGAAAAGCUUACAAAAAAGAUUUAAUUAUACAGCAGGUUUUAUCAAAAUAUUCAUCUAGUUCUUUGAGUAAUAAAUUUAUCGGCAAUAACAGCCAACCUUUAUUGGCACCAGCUAUUUCCAUUUCCGUUUCACAACCAGACCUCAAGGAAAUUAGUGAGUCCAAAAAGGAAGAUGAAGAUCAGAAAAUCAAUUUAUUGGAAAGUAUACUCAAAUUAUCCACAUCCACUCUUGGAAACAUCAAAGACGAUUGGCCAACAGCCGAAGAAAGAAGAAACUCUAUAUUUUUAGAAAAAUUGAUAUCUUUUGAUGAAAAGUUUCUUGUAUUAACUUUUGAUACGUUAUUAGAAUUGCCAAGGGAAAGAUUUAUUCAAAUGUGUUUUCAUGGAAUAUUUUCUCAUGUAAUUGAAAUUAUUCUUUUGAGUCCAGAGAAGUUAUCAACAAUCCAAAGAAGAAAAUUUUUGAAUUGUUUCGAUGGUGAAAUAGUAAAUCUAUGUUGCAAUGUUUACGGAUCUCAUGCUGUCGAUAAACUUUGGUGGUUUAGUUCUAAGCUUCCUAUUUAUAAAGAAAGAAUUGCAAAUGAGAUGGUAAGCGAGAGUCUUAAAGUGAAAGAAAGUAAUUAUGGAAGAUUAGUUUGGAAAAAUUGGAAAUUGGAAUUAUUUACCAGAAAAAGAGUUGAUUGGAAGGCUGAAGUUAGAGAAAGUGAUAAUCAGUUUGAUAAGGCUGUUGAGGAGUUAUCAAAGAGAAAUGAAAAAAUCAAUGAAAAAAUGAAAAACCAAAACAAUAAUAAUGACAAGCAAAAUAAAAAACAAAAUGAAAAACAAAACGAAAAUAAACAAAAAGAACUGAAAAAACGUCCUCAUGAAACAAUUGAAAAUUACGUUCAACGAAAGAGUUCGAAAAAGCCGGAAAAACUUCGUGGUCGUAAAUUAAAAAAGUCGAGAAAAGCGAAAACUUAGAAUAGAAUCAAUUAUAUGGAUAUUUAUUAAGGAAAAAUUAAUUAUAUAUUUUUUGAGUAUAAUAUAGUGAUAUGCUGAAAAUAACAGUUUUAUAGUUAAACGUAGAUAGGUAAUAAAAAAACAAAUAUAACAGUUUUAAAGAGGUGAG